CCUAUGUGGCGCCAACUGGGUGAAAUAAUAAUCUCAGAUUAGUAUUAUCAUCAUCAUCAUCAUCAGCUAAACGGAAGCACUCUCAAUGGCGGCGAUGAACCUCUCAUCACCAUCUUUCACAACCACUGCCACCUCCUCCUUCCUGUCCGCCAAUCGCACUAAAACCCUACUUUCUCACUCCUCCUACACCAAAAAUCCCUCCAUCUUCUCCCCAAUUCCACUUAAAAUUACCCACACAACCAAAAACCCUCGCCCUUAUCUCAAUCUCGUCGUUUCUGCCAUCGGAAAGCUCUCGGAAUCGGAAACUGUCCCCGUUUCAUCCGUUUUCCCUUCGGCUUCCGGUGUUUACGCUGUCUAUGACAAGAAUGGUGAUUUGCAGUUUGUGGGGUUGUCACGCAACAUUCAGGCGAGUGUUCUGUUUCACCAGAAAUCAGUGCCGGAGCUUUGUGCUUCCAUCAAGGUUGGAAUGGUGGAUAAUCCGGAUAGAACAUCAUUAACCGAAGCAUGGAAAUCAUGGAUGGAAGAACAUAUAGAAGUGACCGGAAAAGUGCCACCUGGCAACGAGAAAGGAAACACGACGUGGGUCCGCCAAGCACCCAAGAAAAAGAGUGAUCUAAGGAUCACACCAGGUCCAAACACGAAACUAACCGUUCCAUUAGAGGAACUAAUAGACCGUAUGGUCAAAGAAAACAAGGUGGUGGCUUUCAUCAAGGGGUCAAGAAGUGCUCCACAAUGCGGUUUCUCACAACGGGUGGUUGGGAUUUUGGACUCGGAAGGUGUGGAUUAUGAGAGCGUGGACGUGUUGGAUGAAGAACAUAAUAGUGGAUUGAGGGAGACCCUGAAGAGGUAUAGCAAUUGGCCUACUUUCCCACAAGUGUUUGUGAAUGGUGAAUUGGUUGGAGGGUGUGAUAUAUUGUCGUCUAUGCACGAGAAGGGCGAGCUUGCUGGUCUUUUUAAGCAGUGAAAAGAUCAAUAACCACGUCAUGUGUUUUCUCUUGUAGUACUUUGUAUUUGUGGAUUAUUACAGAAAUCCCUUAUUUACAUCAUUUAGUUUUAUAUCAUUUGAACCAUAAAGUCUAACGAGUUACAAAUUUCAGUUA